UAUGAGCAAUAUCCCACAACCAUAACAUCCCCAAUAAGCACCAUAAGCACCAUAACCAUAUUAUGGAUAACCCAGUUAUGGAUAACCCACUUAUGCUUAACCCAGUUAUGCUUAACCAUAUGGUGCUCCUCUUUCACCAUUGAGAUAUUCAUAUGCUCCUCCUGUUGUUUAAUAGGUUGUCCCUUAAACCUAUGUACCUCAACAAGUUGUUGCUCAACCAGUCAUUGCUCAAUAAGUUGUUGCUUAACCAGUUGUUGCUCAAUCUGUUGUUGCUUAACCAACAAUCAAAGGUGAGAGCAGAAUUGAAUAUGUUCCAUAUGAGAAAACUGUGCUUGAAUAUGAAGAAGUAAGAUAAAGAAUCUAAGUCCCAAGAGAGAAAUAUGUUACUGAUUAUUACGCAGUUGAAUAUCAAACAGAAUAUGUACCAUAAGUCUUCUAAGAAAAAUUUACAGGUAUGACAUUUAAAAAUUUAAAUUUCCAGAAUAUGUUCCUGUAGAUAGAUAUCAAGAAAGAGUUGAGUAUUAUCCAGUUGAGAGAUAAGUUGUUCAUCAACAACAAGUCUAAUAAGUUGUUGCCUAACCAGUCUAAUAAGUUGUUACUCAAUCAGUCGUUCAACCAGUCUAAUAUGCUCCAUAAUAAGUCCAAUAUGUUCAACAACCAGUUUAAUAUGCUCCAUAACCAGUCCAAUAUGUUCAACAACCAGUUUAAUAUGCCCCAGCUCCACUUUAAUAAACAACNUCUUCCAAUUCUUUUAAUUAAACAUUAAGAGGUACAUUUGAA